AUGGACCGCACUUCGAUUUACGGUCCUAUGGCUCCCAAGGUCAUUCCUGGAGUUAACAGCAGCGUCGGAUCGCCCGAGUCGGAAAGCUUCAGCGUUGUUCACAACACCGCCUGCUUUCCUCAUCAAUCCGCGCACUACGGCGUAGAGGAUCUCCUAGCCUGCGGUUUAGGCGGUUCUCAGGGUGGAGCUACUAUUCGAAUUUUCGACAUGAACAGCGUGCAGUUGGUGCAAACUCUACACGGCCAUCGUGGCUCCAUCACGGCUUUGCUGUGGAAGCCCCCUAGCGAGUCUUGCCAGCAACAUCAGCUGCUUUUAUUUAGUGGCGACAGCGAGGGCAUGCUGCAUCUCUGGGAUGUUGUGGAAGGCUUACUGCUGAGUAGCAUUCAAGUCUCGUGUAGACGGUCGAUCCGGGUACUUUCGUUGUUUUCACCUCAACAUCUUUUGGUUCUGACGGAGGACUCCACUAGCUACGUGUUUGAUGCGCAGCUCGCGCAUCCCAUCGCGUGCUCCUCUGCAUCAGCUCUUUUUAGCCUUAAGGAUGACAACCGCACACUUUCUCAUUUUCGUCGAUCAAAGCUAAGCGCCGAGCGUAAGUUUCUUCUGAUAUUCGGUGGCCGUCUGCGUGUAGUAUCGGAUUUAAACUUGCUUAGGCAGGAAACGGUUGAGGUGAGAGAUCUUGUAUACAAAGACAGCGACGUCGAGGGACCCAUUGUGGAUGCGUUUUUCAGUGAGGCGGUGGGGGAGCUGAUCUACUUUGCCACCCCGAAUUCGAUUGGGCUUUAUGACUGGCCAUUCAAUACCAUAUUAGAGGAGCACAUUUUUGAGCUAUCCGAUGGCGUGCGUUUUCUUCGAAUUUUUCCCUCCUCACCGGGGUUGACGGCGGGGUCGGUGAGCCCGAGCGUUCCCGUGUUGUAUUCUUUCGGGAGUGAUCAACGGCUCGUCGCGUGGUACCUCGCCGGCGGCGGUUUCACAACCGUUUCGGAGGACAUCCGCAGCACCCGUGCGCUCUCGCGGGCGGUCGUGAACGUGAUCCAGUCGGAGGGGUCGACGACCCUUUUUGUGGUGCUUUUCGAGGAUGGCAGCCUUUCCAAGUGGGGGUAUGAAAUCCAAACCCGGCGAUGGCGGCUGACGAACUUCUACACCAACCCGCUUUAUCGCGCGGUGUGUGCGUGUGGGGUGGGGGCCUCCCGUCUCCUCUGCGUCGGCCUCGAGGGCGGGCACCUCGCGGUGAUGGAUGCCGCGCAUAACCUCCCGUUACGGCGCUUUCACCUCGCCUCGUUCGGCAACACGAAGAUUCAUCUGCUCUUCGGACGAGGGAGGGAGGAGGCGGUGUGGGUGGUCUCCAGCCGCGCCGUGGAAGGGCGGUAUCGCAUCCAAGUCUCGCUGCUCGAUACGCGAAGUGGGGAGGUCGUCUUCACCUUGCGCGCCCCUUCCGCGACGGCCGAGCUCACGCAGGUGAAACACGUCAGCAUGGAUCCGUCGUUUCGAUAUCUGCUGUUGGUUUUUUGGAAUGGUACCUUUGAGGUGUGGAAUACGGAGGAACGGCGGUUGAUUCGUUCCUACGCGGAGUUGGGGGUGGGGAAUAUCUCCUGGGCGCCCACCUGCAUGCGAAGCUGUCUUCGCGACUUCCAAGGCACCCCUCAGCUGCUGUUGGUGACUUUUACGGAAGGGGUGAGCUCUCUCUGGAUGGUUUACCCGGAUCGCGUGGUGAGCAACCCCGAGGUGGCUUUUCACCUCCCACAGGGUGGGAUCAACAACACCGUGCAGUCCGUCGCGGUGGGGUCUCGGAUCGUCCUCUUCGAUGCCAUGGGGAGCGGGGUUGUGUUGUAUACUCGUGGGCGGGAGUUUUUGAAGUUAACCUUGAAAGACGUGCCGCUCAGUUCAUGCCCGGUGCGCGGUCUCGCCUCGCUCGCUUCGGACGACGAGGCGAUCGCUUCCGGCGAUCCUUCGUCGACGAGGGCCUCACCCAACAACGCGGAGGCGGAGAAGGCGCCGCAUCACCUGGUGGCGGUUGUUCUGGAUGAUCACUCCUUCGGGGUGUGGGAUACGGAGACUGGGGAUCGCGUGGGCUACUCCGCCCGGAUGGAAUCGGGCGCGUUGAUCACAGCGAGCUCGAUUUUCUGGGUGGGGAGGGAAAAUGUGGCGGUCCUCGGCCUCGAUGGUGCGAUCUACCUCAUGCACUACACCAUCCGCACGGUGAACAGCAAGAUGGGCUCCCGGCCCCUCCGUCGACCGCUUGAAAACAUGGCGUUUCUCCCCCCAUCCUAUCGAAUCUACCUGCAAUCCUCGAUCGAACUCGUCGGCGUUGUUGACCCUUUGGACGUCGUUUCUCCCUCAGCUUUAAGCGCGACGCAAUGGCAGCGGUUUUGCGCCGCGAUUCCUUCCCCCUCUUCGAAAGGCGAUCCGGCAGGGGCGAGGCGCUCUUCGGCGAGUUGGAUGAUCUCCCAUAUCGCCACCGACUCUCGGCCCUGUCGAGGACCUUUUGGCCAGCUCCUCGCCCCGACCCUUUCCUCGCUCGAGGAGGAGCUUCAGCUUUAUCGGCAAACGAUGAUCCCCUCGGAUAUUCAAACCAACUUGAUGCGGGCGCAUGCGCGAGGGCGAUGGUGGGAUCUCCUGUAUUGGAGCGCCAGGCUCUUCGGGCAAGUGGAAAAGCAGCGUUUCUGGGCGCAGGCGAGGCUUUUUGCGGCAACCCCAAACGGGAAUACCGGGUUUAACAGUCCUGUCGAGCGAGAUGCCACCACGACGCGGAUUGUCGAUCGCGAUUCCACCCCUUCGAACCUCGGGAGGCUUUUUUAUUUUCCCUAUCCGCUCGCCGACGCGUUCACCCCGUACCUGGACGAUCCCACGAGGUUACUUCACAACCGUUUAGCCCUGGUGGAGGCUCGGGGGCGGGUUCUCGGCAAGGAUCCCGCGACGCGGCUUUCGCUUGCGCGGGAGUUGUUAAAACUCCGCCACCCCACGCGGGCGGUGGAUCUCCUCCUCGACGGCCAUCACGAAGGGGUGGCGUUUAACGAACUUUCGACGUUGGCGGUCGCGAUCGCGGCGGUGCGGCCGCUCAGAAGGAAGGGAGGAGGAGGAGGAGGAGGAGGGGGGGCCUCCACGCGGGGGAGUUUUUUCCACGUCGCGGCGAAACGCGCGGCGGCGGUGCACCUCUCGCGUGGUGAAGUGGAGGCGGCGGUGGAGAAAUACCUCCUCGCGAAUGAUCCCCGCGAGGCCGCGCAUGUGUUGCAGUUUCAAGGAAGAUGGCAAGAGGCCGCGGCGGUGAUUCAACACGCGAGCUUCCCCAGUGAGGAGGAGCACCCAGGCGAAGGAAACAUGGAAGGGGAGGUCGAAGAGGAGGAGGAGGCCCGUCGGGAGGUUUUCCGUCGAUGGGGGGUGCAGUGCGGGAAAGUCGGGCAGUGCCUGGAGGCGGCGCGGGUGUUUUUGCACAUCCGCGACCCCACCCGUGCGCUGCGGGUGUUGUCGGAGUCGGCGAAUUUCGUGGAUAUCUCGGGGAUGCUCGCGAUGGGGUUGGGGAUGGAACGGCCUUCGUCCGCGGGAUCCCCACCUCCCCACGUGGAGGCGGGCGGGGGGUUGGAUUCCUCGGUGGGGGAAGCGGCGUUGGGAGAGGCGAUGAUCGCCGCCCUCACGGACUACAGCAGCGUGUUGAGCUCCGUCGGCUAUUUUGCCGGGGAGGCGUUGGUGCUCGAGCGGCUUGCUUUACUCAAAAUGAGUCUAAGAGGCCCGCCAAAGGCAGCACCCUAG